AUGGCUACCCACAAUGGCCACCAGAACGGCAUCACUAAUGGACAGGACCCCGUACUGCAUCGUGCAGACGAGGUCAAAGAGUUGCUAGACGCGGUCAGAGAUCUCAUCGUACCCUUCAUCCAUUCCGCCGACGUCGAUGCCGCCACAAAGCAUACCGGUCAUGGACUCGUUAUUCAAGGCGGUGGACCACGAACCGCACUGGUCGAGCACCACCCUCCACAUAAACUCGAGCCGCUCCUGGCCUUAAGUGUUCCUAGCAAAGGGCAAGGGAAGGAAGGGCUACUGGAAACGGUCGAGAAGGUGUUGAAAUAUAGCGUCAACACAUGGGAUGUGGGCUUCCUCGACAAGCUCUACGCGGGCACAAAUGCGGUCGGUGUUGUGUCUGAACUCCUACUCGCAGUGCUGAACACAAAUGUCCACGUUUACCAAGUCUCGCCCGUCCUCACUCUAAUCGAGAAAGAAACCACUACCCAACUGGCUUCUCUCUUCGGCUUCUCUGGCCCUCACGCGGGUGGUAUAUCGCAGCCCGGCGGCUCGGCCUCCAACAGCACUGCUCUCGCCAUCGCACGCAAUACGCUCUACCCACAGACUAAAACCGAUGGGCUAGGCUCUUACAAAUUCUCCCUAUUCACAAGCGCACACGGCCACUACUCCCUCGAAAAAGCCGCCCAGAUGUUCGGCUUCGGCAGUAAUGCCGUAAAUAGCGUUCCCAUCGACGCAUAUGGCCGAAUCAAACCGUCCGAGCUCUCCCGCCUAGUCGCAGAAAGCAAAGCUCGAGGCGAAACUCCUCUCUUCGUCAACGCCACCGCCGGGACCACGGUGCUUGGCUCCUUCGACCCCUUCAACGCUAUCAAAGACAUCUGCGAGAAGGAGAAUAUGUGGUUGCACGUUGAUGGCUCGUGGGGCGGGUCUGUUGUAUUCAAUGAGGAGUACAAAAAGAGCAGGCUGGCGGGGAUCGAGCGCGCGGAUUCGGUUGCGAUCACGCCCCACAAGAUGCUCGGCGUGCCGAUGACGUGCUCAUUCUUACUCACGCAGGAUUUGCGCCGGUUUUGGGCAGCCUUGCGGCUCGAAGCAGGCUAUCUGUUCCACAACGCGCAUGAGGAUGUGCGCGAGGUGUACGAUCUUGCGGAAUUGACGCCGCAGUGUGGAAGAAGGGGAGACGCGCUGAAGGUCUGGCUUGCACUGCAAUACUAUGGCCAACAGCAUUUCUCGGAUCUUGUGGGAAGAGCAUAUGAGAAUGGCGAGUACCUUCUCAAACUGCUGAAGGAGAGCGGGGAUUUCGUGGUGGUCAGUCCGGAGCCGCUGCCAUGUUUGCAGGUGUGCUUCUACUGGGCACGAGGGGGAAAGCUGGGGAGCGACGUGGAGGAAAACAGUAAGAUUACGGAGGCAGUAGCAAAGGGGUUGGUGACGAAGGGGUGGAUGGUAGACUUCGCGCCGGGGGAGAGAGGGAAGUUCUUCAGAGUUGUCGUGAAUGGUAACUUGCAGAAGGGCGCGCUGGAGGGGUUAGUGAAGGGAAUUGAAGAAAGUGCGAAGGAGCUAGGGUUCUAG